AUGGGCGCCCCGGGAUACGCAUCGCCUAUGGAACUGACGGGUAUCUUCUCAACAGCAGGCGCACGCAGGCCGCAGGCGAUGCGACUAUCUACGACCACUGCCCACAACCUGCUCUUAGCCGACGACUGCGAGCUCAACACCACGACCGAAAUGGACAUGCAUCAGAGCAUGGAUCUCCUCGCUGCCGGGUGCGCCAACUUCGGUCUGACUGUCAACACGGACAAAACAAUCGUCAUGCACCAACCGUCACCCAACACGCAACACUGCACUCCUCCUCGUAUCGCUGUCGACGACAACCAACUCAAAACCGUGGACAGUUUUGCUUAUCUCGAAAGUACACUUUUCGACUGUGCCAGAAUCGACGAUGGGGUUGCUCGCCAGACUCCAAAACCAGUCAAGUCUUCGGCUGGCUGUAGAAAUCCGUGUGGAAUUGUCACGGUCCCCAAUUGA